AUGGCUCCGACGUCGGUGGAGCCGAACGGCGGUGAGUCCACAUCCGGCGAGUCAUCCCAUAGAGCUUUACCGACACCAUUUCUGACCAAGACGUAUCAGCUGGUCGAUGAUCCCACAAUCGACGACGUCAUCUCCUGGAACGACGACGGAUCUAGCUUUGUCGUGUGGAACCCCACCGUCUUCGCCAGAGAUUUGCUCCCCAAGUAUUUCAAGCACAACAACUUCUCUAGCUUCGUCAGGCAGCUCAACACCUACGGAUUUAGAAAGGUUAUACCAGACCGUUGGGAAUUCUCGAACGAUUGCUUUCGAAGAGGUGAAAAGCGGCUUCUCUGCGAGAUACAGCGCCGAAGAAUCAUGCCUCCGGCGCCGUCGGUGGCCGUUUCGCCGAUGGCGACGGCAGCGGUGGUUCCGAAUGCGAAACCUAUGAUAUCUCCGUCGAACUCCGGGGAGGAGCAGGUGAUUUCGUCGAGCUCGUCGCCGAUCAGAGCUCCGUCCGAGCUCAUGGACGAGAACGAAAAGCUGAGGAAGGAGAACAUGCAGCUCACCAAGGAACUGGCGGAAGUCAAGUCUCUCUGCAACAACAUCUUCAGCAUGGUCUCGAAUUACGCGUACGCACAAUCGGAAAGCGGUUUCCCAUAUGUGAAACCGCUGGAUUUGAUGCCUGAGAAGCGGUUCUCCGGCGACGGCGAGAAGGAAGAAGAGGAGGCGAGCCCGAAGCUUUUCGGUGUUGCGAUUGGAGCCAAGCGAGCAAGAGAGACCGUCGGCGACGGUGUAGAGGAGGACGAGACCGGCUUACGACUGCAGCAACCGAGUGGUGGUGGCGACGUUAAAUCAGAGCCGUUAGAUGUGGAUCGUCAGGAAACGCCGUGGCUGAAUCAGCGUCACAUGGCUAAUCAGAGGGUGUGUAAUUGA